AUGGAGAUCAAACUGUACUCCGAAGACCAAUCGUCAUCCUCUAACAUCAGUGUAAUAUCUCCUGCUCCACCUAAAGCUCUUAAUGGUGGUGACGGUGAGCUUCAUUAUGAAAAUGAUGAUUAUUCAAUUGGAUAUUACGGGAGUGCUAGAGGCCUGGCAGGAGUUCUGUUGAAUGAUCUCCAACUUAUGAGAUUGGAAUCUCGAGCUGAUGCUUCUGCCAUCAGAUUAUCAAGAAGACUAACUGGUGCACAAUGUGUGUUGAAUGAUAAUGUGGUACCAGAAUCUCUUCCUCCGAUGGGCGGAGAUAAGAGACAAUAUCCUCCACCAAUUGCCAACCUAGAGCAGUAUAUGGUUACAUUUGCUGGUGUUGAUGAUCCAAGACAUCCUCAUAACUGGGCUGCAUUCCGUUCAGCUAUGUUUUCUGCAGGAGCUGGAGAGUUUGGGUCUGAGUAUCAUGUUGGAUUCGAAGUAGGUGCCUUAGGUACUUCAUUAUUUGUAGCAGGGUUUGGUUCAGGUCCAGUGAUUUGGGGUCCAUUAUCUGAAGUUUAUGGAAGAAGAAUAGUACUUAUAGUUGCCUUUUUCUGUUACAUUUGUUUAACUUUUGGUGCUGCUACUGGAAAAGAUGUUCAAACAGUAUUAUUAUGUCGAUUCUUUUCUGGUUUCACCGCCAUUGCACCCUUUGUUUUAGGUCCUUCUGUGGCUGUGGAUUUGUAUGGCCAUAGAGAAAGAUCUUUGGCAACAUCAUUGUUUAGUUUGUCACUCUUUACUGGGCCUUCCUUUGCUCCCGUAGUGGCGGCUUUCAUAGUGAAGAAUCCACAUUUGAAUUGGAGAUGGACUUCUUACGUUACAGGAAUAUUUUCCUGUGUGACGUUGAUUAUGAACAUAUUGUUUAUGGAAGAAACUCAUCAUGGGGUGGUUUUGGCUUCAAUGGCCGAAGAAAUAAGAAGAAGCACAAACAAUUGGAUCAUCUAUGCCGCUCAUGAACAAGUACGACUUUCAAUCAAUGAGAUCGUCACCAAGACUUUGGUUAGACCAAUUAAAAUGCUUAUUCGAGAACCAAUUUUGUUACUAAUCACCUUUUAUACUUCAUUUGUUUAUGGACUCUUGUAUGCGUUCCUUACGCUUAUUCCUUAUACAUUUGGAACCACUUAUGGAUGGAGUGAAGGCGUAAGAGAAUUACCAUAUUUAAGUCUAUUGAUAGGAAUUGCUGCUGGUGCUUACAUCUUAACUCGAUUUGAUAAGAGAUAUAAUCGAAUAUUGGAACAAACGGGCCAUCCUGUUGCGGAAGAACGUCUACCUUCUAUGAUGGUUGGUGGGGUAUGCUUCUCAGUAGGACUCUUAUGGAUGUGUUGGUCGGCUUCAUAUCCUCAUAAGGUUCAUUGGAUAGUUCCAUGUAUCGGAGCUGCCAUAACGGGCAUGGGGUUCUUCCUUUCCUUUUUACCUUGUCUUACUUAUUUGCUAGAUUGUUACUUGAUCUUUGCUGCUUCUGCCAUGUCGGCUAAUGCUAUAGUAAGAUCAUUUGCAGCUGCUGCAUUUCCUUUAUUUAUGAAACCCAUGUUAGAUGCUUUGACAAUCAAAUGGGCUGGGACUCUAUUGGGUGGUGUGGGGGUGUUGAUGACUCCUAUACCCUUUUUGUUUUAUAGAUACGGUGCUUUCAUACGGAGAAAUUCUCGGUACGCCAUCGAAGACAAUUAA